AAUGGAUUAAAAUAAUGAAGAUGAAGAAUAAGGAAGAAGUGUUUAACAAAGAGUAAAAAGUGAUUGAUAGAUAUAGUCAUAAUCAAGAGUAGAUGCAUCAUCUCCAAAUAAGAGAAUUAGCCAAGCAGAGGUAGAAUAGCCUACAAGAACAGUGACUCAUAGAAAAUCAGUGAAUUUAGGAGCGAAAAGCACUAGAACAAAUUAGGAGGUGAAUAUUGGAUAUAGUGUAAAAUCUAUUAUAUUUUUUAGCGUAAAGUUGAAAUGUUUUUAGAAAGCUUAAAUUAUAUGAUUUUUAUGACAAUUGUAACUGUAUAUGCAUUAUUUGGAGAUGAUGUACGAGUAUUAGCUACAGAUAAGGUAUUUUUAAUAUUAAUGAGGAUGGAGAUGAAGUAUUUUGGGUAAUAACAGCAAUAUGUAUGAGUCUGUUUUUUAUUGAGAUUGUAUUGGCAUCUAUUUGUAAAGUAAAUAAAUAUGUAAUAUAAUUAGGAUGGAUAUUUUGUUGGAUUCUUUUUUUGGUUAGAUUUGCUAUCAACAGUAUCAAUGCUUUUAGAUAUUGGCUGGGUGAGUAAUGCAAUUUUUGGAACAAGUGGAGGAGCAGCAUUAAGUGCAGUAUCAUUAGCAAGGUAAUAUUAAAUUUAUAUAAUAUUUAUAGAGCUGGAAGAGCAUCUAGAGUAGGUACAAGAGCUGGAAGAAUAGUAAGAGUUGUAAGAUUAGUGAGAUUAUCAAAAUUAUAUAAACAUGCCAAAUAAUCUUUAGAAAAAGAAGCUGAGAAGUUAUUAGCAGAAGAAAUGAAGGAAGAAAAUUUAAUGGAUAAUAAUAAUAAUAAUAAUUAAGUUGAAGAACCUUAAAGAUAAGAAUAAUAAAAUGAUGCUAUUUCAUCUUAAAGAUCAGUAGAUUCAUCUGAAAGAAAUGUCAAGUAAUCAGGAAAUAAUAUUGUUUAAUAAUAAUAGGUAGCUAAAAUGAUUUAAUAAAGAACAUCUAUUGUGAUGUAUAAUGGAUUAUCUAAUAAUAAUUAAAUUAGUUAAGAAAAUGAUUAAAGAUUUUAAAGAAGACAAACUAGAAAAAUUGUUAUGUCUGGAUAAAUCUAAUCACUUACAACUAUUUAAAAAAGAAAAUCUAUUAUUUUGCAGUCUCCAAAUAAAUUAUCAAAUUAAGGUUAAUAUGAUGAAGGAGAAAUGAAAGAAACUAAUAUAGGUAAAGAAUUGACUGAAUUAACUAAUAAGAGAGUUAUUACAAUUGUUAUGCUUAUUUUAUUUAGUGUUCCUAUCUUGAAUUUGAGUACUUAUGUUGAUUAAAAUGUCAGCUUUACUACUGGAUUAUAAGCUAUCCAGUAUUGGGCUAAAGAUCCUGAAAUUUAUGAUUAUCUUAUUCAAGAUUUUAUAACAUAUCAUGAACCUUUAAGAACUGGUUUAGUAUUCUUUGAAAUUAAUACUACGAUAUACUAUCCAAAAGAGGAUCCUUAUUAAUAUGAACAUUAAAGAACAAACUCUUUGUAAUAUUAUACUACAACAGAUUCUGAAGGUAAUGAUGCUAUAUCAAUUUGUUUAACAUCAGCAGAUGAUGAAUUAAAUGCAAUUUUAUCAAUAAUAAGAACAAUUUUUGUAUCAAUAGUACUUUCAGUGGCAGCAGUAAUGUUCAGCAGAGAUGUCCAAGAUUUAAUUUUAACACCAGUAGAGAAAAUGUUAGAGACAGUUAAGAAAAUAGCAGAGAAUCCUUUAGUUGCUGCUUAAGAGGAGGAAAACAAAGCAUUUAUAUAAAUGAUGGAGAAUGGUGAAAUGAAAGAAUUAGAAGAUUAGGAAGAUGAAAAAUUAGAAACAGUUAUAUUAUAAAAAUUAAUUGUUAAGAUAGGAAGUUUAUUAGCAUUAGGAUUUGGAGAGGCUGGAUCAUAAAUAAUAGCUUAAAAUAUGGGUGCAAAUGCAUCUAUAAAUCCAAUGUUACCAGGUAAAAAAGUAAUGGCAAUAUUUGGAUUUUGUGAUAUUAGAAAUUUCACAGAUGCAACAGAAGUAUUAUAAUAAGAUGUAAUGGUAUUUGUCAAUGAAAUUGCUGAAAUAGUUCAUGGUGUUGUAGAUCAAUUUUCAGGAAGUGCAAAUAAAAAUAUAGGUGAUGCAUUUUUAUUAGUAUGGAAAUUUGCUGAAAAUGAUUAUUAUUAAGAUAAAGAUGGUAAUUUAAGUUUAAAAGCUUAUGAACAUGUAGCAUAAAUAGCUGAUAUGUCUAUUUUAUCAUUUGUAACAAUUAUUACAAAUGUUACAUUAUCACAAAAAUUAUAAAAAUAUAAAUAACAUGAAGGAUUGAAUCAUAGAAUACCAAAUUAUUCUGUUAAAAUGGGAUUUGGUUUACAUGUAGGAUGGGCUAUUGAAGGAGCAAUUGGUUCAGAAUAUAAAAUAGAUGCUUCUUAUUUAAGUCCAAAUGUUAAUAUGGCAUCAAGAUUAGAAGCAGCAACAAAAUAAUUUGGAUCAAUGAUAUUAAUUUCAGGAUAAUUAAGAAAUGUAGCUACUAAAAUAACACAAAAGAAUCUUAGACAUAUUGAUAGAGUAACUGUUAAAGGUAGUAUUGAACCUAUGGAUAUUUAUACUGUUGAUUUGAAUGUUGAUUCUUUGAUAAGAAAAAUUCAUAAAAAAAAGACUGUUGUAGACUUUACUAAAAAAGAAAAAUAAAAACAAGUUCAUCUUUCAGAAUCAGAAUAAUCUAAAUAAAAAAAGAAGUAAAAGGUUAUCAAAAGGAUGAAAAGAGAUAAAUUAAAAUAAGCUGUAUUAAAGAAUCAUGUUGCCAUAUCAGAAACUUGGAUUAAAGAUAAUAAUAUUAAAUAAUCUAGAGCUCUCUUUAAUAAAGUAUAACUUCACACUAUUAUUUAUUUAGGAAUUUUAUCAUAAAUGGGAAAAAGGGUUUUCAUGUUACAUAUCUGGAGAUUGGGAUUAAGCUAAAGCUAUCUUUGAGGAAACCUUAGUAUUUUAUUUAUAAUUUAAUAUUUCUAGAAUUUCUUACCUAAUUAUAAAGAUGGUCCAAGUAAUACUUUAUUAAGAGUUAUUAAAGAAGAGCCGUAUUUAAAAAAUAAUUGGAAAGGCUAUCGUGAACUUACAGAAAAAUGA